AUGUUCCAAACGCGAUCGGAAUACGAUCGAGGCGUGAACACGUUCUCCCCGGAGGGCCGUUUGUUCCAAGUGGAAUACGCCAUCGAGGCGAUUAAACUCGGCUCGACUGCGCUCGCGAUAUCGACGAAACACGGGAUCGUCUUGGCGGUGGAGAAACGAAUCACCUCACCUUUAAUGGAACCUUCUUCGAUGGACAAAAUCAUGGAGAUUGAUUCGCACUGCGCGUGCGCGGUGAGCGGGUUAACCGCGGACGCGAAGACGAUGGUGGAACACGGACGAGUGGAAAGUCAGAAUCAUUAUUUCACGUUUAACGAACCCAUGCCGGUGGAGAGUUUGUGCCAGACGCUGUGCCGAUUGGCGAUGUCGUUCGGAGGGGAAGGCGAGAAGAGCAUGAGUCGACCGUUUGGGGUGGCUUUGUUAGUCGCCGGGUUCGACGAGGAAGAUAAAGGAAACGACGUUGGCGGGUACACGUUGUACCACGUGGAUCCGAGCGGAACGAAGACGAAGUGUCGGGCGAAAUCCAUCGGGAGCGGGAGCGAAGGCGCGCAGACGAGUUUGAACGAGGAGUAUAGGGAGGAUUUGACGCUGGAGGAGGCGGAGACGAUGGCGAUGAGCACGUUGAAAGCGGUCAUGGAGGAGAAGGUGAACGUAAAAAAUGUGGAUUUUGCGGUUUUGAAGAGCCCGAAGUUCCAGGUGUACGACGCGAAGAAGAUUCAGGAGAUCAUCGAUCGGGCGGCGUGA